CACUCGGGAUCAGCGUGUUGCCGGCACCUUACGCCAACUCGGUGCAUUCCUCCCCUCAGUGUCAUUCACUUUCGGGCUAUCAGAUCAGUCACCACAACAUUCACUCGACUGCUUCCCCUCUCUCUCGCCCCAAGCCAACGGUGCUAUUGGAGAGAGGAGGGCCUACGCCAUGCCCCAGUGUGCAGCGUCUGGCGAGCAACGGUGACGCCAAAAUGCCCGUGUCGCACAACCGUUCCUUUUCGGGCUCCUCGUCUGAUGACCUCUCUCCGACGCCUACAGCCGAAGAAUCCCACAGUCCGGUUGACAAGAAGAGGAAGGCAGACAGUGAGUCUCCCGAGAUGGAGAUGCGGGACUCUGAGCGUCCUCGGCCAGUCUCCUGGCCUUCGGGACCCGUGGAACCCCCGACGCAGCUUCCUCCUAUUGCUGUGCCUUCCAUCCUGAACCCGGCCAAGGGGGCAUCUCACGUCCGUAUGCCAUCCUCUCCCACCCCACGCUUCGCCCAAUCGUCAUCGGCCCACCCGGCCAAACGGCUCUCGCUUUCCCCGGGAUCGCAACAUCGCUCGAUGACCACACCCAUCUCGAGCAGCUAUCCCGGGAAGCUGAGCACUCAUAACUCUCCUCUGGCACAUGAGUCCCGGCCUGGUGUGUACAGCACGCCUGGAUCCCCGUUGACAUUGGACCCUCCGAUGAUGUCGUCUGCCCCGGCGCCCACAUCGACCUCUGUUCACUCUACGCCAACCUUCCACAGCCGGCGGAUCAGUGCGGGCCCAACUCCCAACCCAAGCCCGCAAGAAACCACCGCUAGCACUCCCCAGUCCGUCUACAGCCACUUUGGACGGUCGUCCCCUUCCUUGUCUGGGCCAUCGCAGGUGCCGCCCAUGAUGCAUCCUUCGCCCUACGGGACACCUGACUCUGCCAGCCGUUUCCCACCUGCGAUGGGAGGCCACCGUUACCCCACAGAACCUCCGAUGCAGAUGGACCAGAACGGCACACUGAUCCCGUGCGUCCUGGACCUCAAGUCCGGCUCCUCGAGCCAGGCAGAAAAGCGCAAGGCCAACAGCGAUGCAUCGCGCCGGUUCCGCAACCGCAAGCGGAAUGAGCUGCAGAUGGAGCAGAAGAUUACUGCCCAACAGGAGGAAAUGCGGAAACAGACCGACCUCCUGCAUCGCCAAACUCAAGAAAUCCGCGCUCUAGCGCAGGAACGCGAGUACUACCGCUCCGAGCGGGAUUUCUACCGGGAACAACUCGGUCGGGUACUCCCGCCCAGCCAGCUUCCUGCACGCCCAGCCUCACCUCGGGCACUAUCGUCUGUCAUGGAGAAGCCCGCAGACCGCGGCAACGAGUCGGUGUGGCAGCAGGGCGCAGCACCCGCGACAAGCCUUCCGGCCCCCAUCCCCGCCACGAGGGCGCCAGGCACAUGGACGACGGCACCGUCCGCAUACUCUACCGCUCCAACCGCGAACACCGUGGAGGAGCCUGCCCGAUCGUUGCCUCAGAUCUCUGCGACCUGGGCACGGUCCUAAUUGACUUCGUUUUUAUCUUCUCUUGAUUUAGAAGACUUUCUGCUGCAUGUCUUGAAGACGCCGGAAAGUCGUUGAUCAUGCCACCUAGUG